AAUCGAACGAAUGCAAACGUUUAGAAAUUUUCUCGUUGUUUGUUUCAAAUCCAUUAAUUGUAUCGAAUGUUGUAAUCCUUUGCAAUUCCUGUCAUGAACUCAACUACUAAAAUAAAAGAAUCCUAAUAAAGGAAUUUCUGUUAUUGUAGAAUGAGUCAAGAAUCAGCCCACGGACAAGACAACAAUGAACACGUCAGUGUUCAUACUGAAGCAUCUAGUUUCACCCCUCCCGUCCAAAAUGAACCCGUCAAUGUUGGGAAUAACCCAAACGCUGGUGGUCAACUCGACCUUGUGAUUCCAGCUUUUCUCGCUAAUGUGUUGCAACAAAUAGCCAACGCGCCAAUGUUUCAACCACCUCCACCACCGCCACCUCGAGUGAUAACCUACAAAACGCUAAGAGAUAACGGUGCAGAUUUAUUUCUUGGGGAUCGCAUCGGUGAACCCCAGAUUGCGUGGGACUGGAUCGAGCAGACUUCCCGAGUGUUGGAAGAUCUCAAUGUACCCAUGGACAAUUAUCCCAGACUGGCUUCUCAAUUACUUCGAAAGGAAGCCUACGAAUGGUGGAAGAGGACGGAUGAGAGUGCGGGAACCCCUAAGUCGUGGACAUGGGCACAUUUCGAAUGGGCAUUCAAGCAAAAAUAUAUUCCGAAACGAUUUAGCGAGGAAAGACGUAAGGAAUUUGUUGAACUGGAACAGGGAGACAUGACACUCCUUGAAUAUCGUCAGAAGUUUACCAAACUCGCAAAGUUUGCACCAACCUUAGUAAAUACCCCAACCGAUCGCAUUGAGGAGUUCAGGAAGAAACUUCGACCUGACCUCAAGUCACGUGUAUCCAUUCUAACCACUGUAGAUUUCGCGGAAGCCUACGAUCUCAUUGCCAGGGCAGACAGCGACUUGAGUGCUUGCAUUGAGUAUCUGAAGACAAAUAAUGUCAGCUCAAGCACUCACCAUCCCACCGGCUCUGCCUCAAAAGGGAAAAGGCCCUUUCAAGAACCUAGCAAUUCACAUUUCUCUAAAAAGGGAAAAUCUGUACAAACUCAGCCGAUGGCAUCCGUUGAUAAGUCCAAAAAGCAGAGAACCCCGGUAUGCUGGACAGAAUUAAGUGAGCAAAAGCUUGAAGGACCUGAUCUCGUCCGCGAAACUGAAGAAAAGGUUCGUCUAAUUAGAGAACGACUGCAAGUAGCUUCUGAUCGACAAAAAUCUUAUGCCGAUUUAAAACGUCGGGAGAUCGAAUACAAUGUUGAUGACAAGGUGUUUCUGAAAGUCUCACCGUGGAAGAAAGUGUUACGGUUCGGCAGGAAGGGAAAACUAAGUCCAAGAUAUAUUGGACCCUAUCGAAUCACUGAACGUGUGGGUCCAGUAGCCUAUCGGUUAGAACUUCCACCAAACCUUAACAAGAUCCAUGACGUAUUCCAUGUAUCGAUGUUGAAAAGAUAUCGUUCCGAUCCAUCGCAUAUCUUGACCGAGGGAAUCGUAACUCUUGAUGAACAAUUAACUUAUGAGGAGGAACCUGUACAAAUUCUGGCACGAGAGGUCAAACAAUUGAGAAACAAAUCUGUACCUCUAGUCAAAGUACUAUGGAGGAAUCACUCGACUGAAGAGGCAACAUGGGAAACCGAAGAAUCAAUGAGGAUGCAAUAUCCAAACCUCUUCAAUCAAUGACUCAG